UCGGGCCAAUAGGGUCCUCUUAUGUCUGAAAUUGCCUUGACCACCCUGUCGGCAUGAUGAGCAUCAAGGCCUUCACGUUGGUCUCUGCUGUGGAGCAGGAGCUGCUGGCAGGCGACAAGGAACGCAUCCACAUCGAGUGCGUGGAGUGCUGCGGCAGGAACCUCUACAUCGGCACGGCUGACGGCUUCAUUUACCACUUCCUGCUGGAGGAGAAGACACUGCCCACCGGCACAUCCUCAUUCACUGCCACCAAACAGUUGCACAGGCACCUGGGCUUCAAGAAGCCCGUGAAUGAGCUGCGAGCAGCCUCAGCCCUUAACAGGCUGCUGGUGCUGUGUGACAACUCCAUAACCCUGGUCAACAUGCUAAACCUGGAGCCUGUCCCCUCUGGGGCUCGCAUCAAAGGAGCGGUGACAUUUGCUCUGAAUGAGAACCCUGUGAGUGGGGACCCAUUCUGUGUGGAAGUGUGCAUCAUCUCAGUGAAACGUAGGACCAUCCAGAUGUUUCUGGUGUACGAGGACCGCGUUCAGAUCGUCAAGGAAGUGUCCACCCCAGAGCAGCCCCUGGCUGUGGCUGUAGAUGGCUACUUUCUGUGCCUGGCCCUGACCACACAGUACAUCAUCCUGAACUAUAGCACGGGCCUCUCCCAGGACCUGUUUCCCUACUGCAGUGAGGAGAAGCCACCUAUUGUCAAGAGGAUAGGCAGACAGGAGUUCCUGCUGGCUGGCCCCGGAGGCCUGGGCAUGUUUGCAACGGUGGCUGGGAUCUCUCAGCGGGCCCCAGUGCACUGGUCGGAGAAUGUGGUAGGGGCAGCCAUCUGCUUCCCAUAUGUCAUUGCGCUCGAUGCUGAGUUCAUCACAGUCCAUAGCAUGUUGGAUCAACAGCAAAAACAGACCCUGCCCUUUAAGGAGGGCCAUAUCUUGCAGGACUUUGAAGGAAGAGUGAUUGUUGCCACAAGUAAAGGAGUUUAUAUCUUGGUCCCAUUGCCUCUGGAAAAACAAAUACAGGAUCUGCUAGCAAGCCACAGAGUGGAGGAGGCUUUGGUUUUAGCGAAAGGAGCCCGGAGGAACAUUCCAAAAGAAAAAUUUCAGGUAAUGUACAGAAGGAUUCUACAGCAGGCGGGCUUUAUACAGUUUGCACAGCUUCAGUUCCUGGAAGCUAAAGAGCUCUUCAGAAGCGGCCAGCUUGAUGUCCGGGAGCUGAUCUCUCUCUACCCCUUCCUGUUGCCCACCUCCUCUUCAUUCACCCGGUCUCACCCUCCUCUUCAUGAGUACGCAGACCUGAACCAGCUCACCCAAGGCGACCAGGAGAAGAUGGCCAAGUGCAAGCGUUUUCUCAUGAGCUACCUGAAUGAGGUCCGCAGCACAGAGGUGGCCAAUGGCUAUAAAGAAGACAUCGACACAGCCUUGCUCAAACUCUAUGCAGAGGCAGACCACGACAGCCUGCUGGACCUCCUGGUCACUGAAAACUUCUGCCUCCUCACCGACAGUGCUGCCUGGCUGGAAAAGCACAAAAAGUACUUUGCACUUGGACUACUCUAUCAUUACAAUAACCAAGAUGCUGCUGCAGUUCAGUUGUGGGUGAACAUCGUGGAUGGGGAUGUCCAGGACUCCACACGCUCAGAUCUGUAUGAAUAUAUUGUAGAUUUUUUAACCUUCUGCUUAGACCGAGAGCUGGUAUGGACCUACGCAGACUGGGUCUUGCAGAAAAGUGAGGAGAUUGGAGUUCAAGUCUUCACCAAGAGACCUUUAGAUGACCAGCAGAAGAACAGUUUUAAUCCAGAUGAUAUUAUCAGUUGCCUUAAAAAAUACCCUAAAGCUCUGGUUAAAUAUCUGGAACACCUCGUUAUCGACAGGAAUCUACAGAAAGAAGAGUACCACACUCACCUGGCUGUCCUCUACCUGGAAGAGGUGCUUCGGCAAAAGAUGUCUGGCAGCGACAAGGGCGGCGAAGCCACUGAGACACAGAGGAAGCUACGGCACCUGCUGCAGAAAUCUGACUUGUACCGAGUCCACUUUCUCAUAGAGAAGAUCCAGGGUGCUGGGCUGCCCAUGGAGCGCGCCAUCCUCCACGGGAAGCUGCGCGAGCACGAGAAGGCCCUGCAUAUCCUGGUUCACGAGCUGGGGGACUUCUCCGCAGCCGAAGACUACUGCCUGUGGGGCUCCGAGGGCCAGGACGCACCCAGCCGCCAGCGCCUCUUCCACAUGCUGCUCGCCAUGUACCUCCACGCCGGCCCCUCUGCCCAUGAGCUGGCCAUGCCAGCCGUGGACCUGCUCAACCGGCAUGCCAGGGAAUUUGACGCUACCCAAGUGCUGCAGCUGCUGCCAGGCACCUGGUCAGUGCAGCUGCUCUGCCCAUUCCUGAUGGGGGCCGUGAGAGACAGUGUCCAUACCCGGAGGACCACACAGGUAGCCCUUGGCCUGGCAAGGUCGGAAAACUUGAUCUACACAUAUGACAAGAUGAAGUUGAAGGGAAGUGCAAUCAAGCUCUCAGACAAAAAGCUCUGCCAGCUCUGCCAGAACCCCUUUGGUGAACCUGUGUUUGUCAGAUACCCAAAUGGAGGGCUUGUGCACACCCACUGUGCUGCCAGCAGACACGCCACCCCCAGCUCCCCCAGCCCCGGCACCCGGACUUGAAAAGCUUGGCCUCAGGGUGCAAGGGGACUCUGAAUUCUUUCCCCAGCCUGCUGGAUGCAAGUUGUAGAGAGCUGCAUGCUUGGCAGCAUGAGGAUGGAGAGAGGCAUCUGUGUACUAGGAGACGCUAUCCCCGACCCCUGAGAAGCAAGGACACCUCCCUGCUGACCACCCUGGGUAUGAAUGUAAAUGGAAAAUCCCUGCAAAUUUCCAAAACACACAGAUAGGGAGUCACCUGUCCAGGUAACAGUCAUGGGAAGCACAGGUGUUGGUAAGAAGGGAAUCUGUGCAGUGCAGACACACUUCCAGUCAUGCCUGUGCCCUGGACAGGUGUUGUUCUGUGUGUCUGGAGAAGAAGCCCUAUCAGGCUCAGGCAAGCGUCCAGAUGCAGAAACUGGAAGUGGGCACCUUGCCUUCCUGAAGAGCAGCAUUCUCCGUCCACAUGGGCUCCACACUUGCCCCUGGAGGGGCUGAACUUAGGGUUAUAGUUUCUGUUCCUUUGUCCCACCUAGCUUUCAACCUCUGAAGCUGCCGCCUGUUUACCUAAACACUGACUCUGGGGUAAAUUCCUGUGCUUCCUGCUGCCUGGCAAAUGGAGAUCUAUUUAAAAGCCA